CCCACAAUUCUACGCGCCGCCACUCUCUCUCCUGGUUACUUCCGGUGACAUGGCGACUGCCUUGGUUCGGAGGGCUGUCCGGGAGUUAGGACGGCUCCCGUCUCUGCAGAGUGUUCGUCAUGGCUCUAAAGCAGUCACACGUCACAGAAAAGCGAUGCACUUUGAGAGGCAAAAGAUGUUGGCUGUUACAGAAUACAUUCCUCCGAAACCUGCUAUCCCAGAAGAAUGUCUCGCCCCAAAGAGCAGACGCACUCACAUAGAAGAGGAUAACCCCUUGGUGCGGCUUCUGUGCAGCCAGCUGAACUCCGUGCUACAAGAAUGUAAAAUGGUGGCCGUGUUUCAGAGAAAUGCUGUUGGAUCUGAGGAUCUGCUCCUGUUGAGGCACGGACUCCUAAAGCAUGGGAUUCAGAUAAAGCAUUUCCCCAAUCAGGUGGUAAAGAAGUCAUUAGUCCAGUGUCAGCUUCAAGCAAUGGAGCCGCUGUUCAUAGGACAAACUUUCCUAAUUGUGAGCCGUGAUGUUAAAGUAAAGGAAAUGCUGCAGAAUGUACGAAAGGUGCCUCAGGUCGAGCUCUUGGGAGCCUGUAUAGAGCGGAGGUUGCUGAGCCGUCAGGGAGUGAUGGCCUACGCCAAGAUGCCUAGUUUGGAGAGCCUGCAGGGCCAGGUUGUGGGGACGCUCUCAGCGAUGGCAGCGCAGACCUGCUCUCUACUUGCACAACAUUCUACCCAACUCUGCAGCAACCUGGAGCAACAUAUCAAGGAACAAAGUGCAGAGGAGAAGAGUACAUGAAGAACCCAGAAGUGUACAUUAAUGAUGUAAGCGUUUCUAAUAAAACCAGUUAUGUGUAUAAAA